AGAUGGCCUCAGGCCUGCAAGACGGCAGCCUGGCGUCAGUUCGACGAGGACGUCGACAAGGUGCUAGAAGCAACUGCGACGGGAGAUGUGGACCGAAGGCUGCGGACGCUGACGACAAUCAUCAUCAGCCUAGCUGUGGAAAGGUUUGGAGAAGUGGAGAAGAAGCCGGCCAGAACACCUUUCACCAUGAACCAACGAGCAACGAAGAUCCACAAGAUCCGGCAGGAGCUGAAGUCCCUCAAGAAGCAGUAUAAAGAGGCCAGGGAAGAGCAACGUCCCCCCUUGGCUGAGCUGCGAACCAUCCUGAGGAAGAAGCUGAUGACCCUCCAUAGAGCUGAAUGGCACCGAAGACGCCGGAAGGAAAGAGCCAGGAAGCGAGCAUCCUUCAUAGCCAACCCCUUCGGCUUCACCAAACAACUACUCGGGCAGAAGCGCAGUGGGAGUUUGGCUUGCUCUAAGGAGGAGAUCGACCGGCACAUCCAGACGACCUACAGUGACCCCGUCAGGCAGCAGGAGCUGGGCCAGUGCAACAUCCUGAUAAAACCACCUCCACCCAUCAAGGAGUUUGAUAGUAGAGAGCCACUCCUGAAAGAGGUCCAGGACGUUGUGAAGAGAGCAAGAGCUGGCUCAGCCCCUGGCCCGAGCGGAGUCCCCUACAGGGUCUACAAGAACUGCCCCUUGUUACUGAAACGGCUGUGGAAGAUCCUGAAAGUCAUCUGGAGGAGAGGAAAAGUGGCGCAGCAGUGGCGAUUCGCUGAAGGAGUCUGGAUCCCAAAGGAGGAAGAUUCCAAGAAGAUCGAUCAGUUCAGAAUCAUCUCCUUGCUAAGCGUUGAAGGCAAGAUUUUCUUCAGCAUAGUGGCGAGGCGGCUGACCAACUUCCUCUCCAGCAAUGGUUACAUCGACAGCUCAGUGCAAAAGGGAGGCUUAUCUGGAGUGCCGGGGUGUCUAGAACACACGGGAGUGGUGACCCAGCUCAUCAGAGAAGCCAGGGAGAACAAGGGUGACCUGACAGUGCUCUGGCUUGACCUGGCCAACGCCUACGGCUCCAUCCCGCACAAGCUGAUCCAGACAGUCAUGGCCAAGCAUCAUGUGCCGGGCCAAGUGGCAGAUCUCAUCCUGGACUAUUACAACCAGUUCAGCAUGAGAGUCUCAUCAGGGUCAGUAACAUCAGAGUGGCACAGACUAGAGGCUGGGAUCAUCACAGGCUGUACCAUCUCUGUGAUCCUUGUUGCCUUGGCGAUUAACAUGAUUGUCAAGUCUGCUGAGCCAGAGUGCCGGGGCCCUCGGACGAAGUCAGGAAUAUGCCAACCACCAAUCAGAGCCUUCAUGGACGACCUGACUGUCACCACUGAGUCAGUGCCAGGAAGCAGGUGGAUCUUGCAGGGGUUGGAGAAACUGAUUGGAUGGGCAAGAAUGAGGUUUAAGCCAGGAAAAUCAAGGUCACUGGUGCUGAAGAAGGGCAAAGUCAUGGACAGGUUCCGCUUCAGCAUCGAAGGGUCACCAAUCCCAACUGUCUCCGAAAAGCCAGUGAAGAGUCUUGGCAAGGUGUUUAACAGCAGCCUGAAGGAUACAGCAUCUGUCCAGGCAACCUGUCAGGAGCUGGAGAACUGGUUGAGAGCAGUGGACCAGUCGGGGCUUCCCGGCAAGUUCAAGGCAUGGAUUUACCAGCAUGGUAUCCUGCCAAGGAUACUCUGGCCACUGCUUGUCUACGAAGUCCCAAUAUCCAUCGUAGAGAGAUUGGAGAGGAAAGUCAGCAGCUUUCUCAGAAGGUGGCUGGGACUGCCCAGGAGCCUUAGCAGCAUCGCCCUUUACGGAAAUAACACCAAGCUCCAGCUGCCCCUGAAGUCCCUGGAGGAGGAGUUCAAGGUGACUCGGGCCAGAGAGGUGAUGAUGUACAGGGACUCCAGCGACCCCAAGGUGGCUCAAGCAGGGGUGGAGGUGAAAACUGGGAGGAAGUGGAGAGCCGGCGAAGCCGUGCUGCAAGCAGAGUCCCGGAUACACCACAGAGUCCUGGUGGGAGUGACUCGGGGAAGAGCUGGCCUGGGAAUCUUCCCAUCUCCCCAGUUUGACAAGGCCAAGGGGAAGGAGAGGCGCAGGCUGGUCCAGGAGGAAGUGAGGACAGUGGUGGAGGAGGAGAGGUGUACCAGAGCAGUUGGAUUGAGGCAGCAGGGAGCCUGGACAAGGUGGGAGCAGGCCAUGGACCGAAAAGUCACAUGGACUGAGCUCUGGCAAGCUGAACCACAGCGCAUCAAGUUCCUGGUCCAGGCAGUGUAUGAUGUCCUGCCCAGCCCAUCGAACCUCUUCAUAUCGGGCAAAGCGGAAUCUCCAGAUUGCCCACAUUGCUCAGGCAAGGGGACGUUGGAACACAUCCUGAGCUGUUGCCCAAAGUCUCUUAGGCAGGGCCGGUACACAUGGCGUCACGACCAGGUUCUCAAACCCAUUGCAGAAGCCAUCAGCAUGGGAAUCAGCAGCUGCAGACGAGAAUGCCCCACCACCCAGAUGAUCACCUUCGUGAAGGCCGGAGUGCAGCUGCCAAGAACCACAGCAGCCAGGAAUCAGUCAGGAAUCCUGGCAACUGCGCAGGACUGGCAGCUUUCCGUAGAACUGGUGAAACAGCUGAAGUUCCCCAUUGCCACGACCACCCUGAGGCCAGAUAUCCUCCUGGUCUCAGAGGCGACCAAAAACAUCGUCUUGUUGGAACUGACAGUGCCGUGGGAGGAUCGUCUGGAGGAGGCCCACGAGAGGAAGAUGACCAAGUACGAAGAGCUGGUCAUAGACUGCCGUAAGCAGGGCUGGAAGGCAAGGUGUAUGCCCAUCGAGGUUGGCUGCAGAGGUUUUGCAGGGCAAUCGUUCUACAAAGCCUUGAAUGCACUGGGCAUCAAUGGAGUGGCAAGGAGAAGGGCCAUCAAGAACACCACAGAGGCAGCGGAGAAGGCAUCAAGAUGGCUCUGGAUC